UCUUCCCAGCAGUGUCGUGGAGGGUACGCCAGGUGGCGCUGCCUCCCGGAGCGGGCGUCGACGCUACCGAAUGAAGUCCGCGGCAACACCGCGGUUGUGUGUGUGUGUGUAUGUGUGUCUGUACGUCUUUCAGCAUCUCCCCCAGAGUUUAGCGUGUUGGGCUAGCCCGUACCGCUCACCGAACUGUGAGGAGAACCCCCCUCUUCCAGCCGGACGAUGAGUCGCAAAAGAAACCACAGCUUCGCCGAGACCAGCUUGUCCCCCGAGCUCCAGAACGCCUUCAUGGAGACCUCCGGGCCGACCGGCCGGGCCGACGACGAUUUCCUGGAGCUGGAGCCCGACGAAGAACUGCUGUGCUCGGUCAGCGACAUCACCGAGCACCUCGGCAGGAACAUCACGGUGGUUCUGGAGACGGCCCUGUCCGAGAUCCGCAAGAUGGUCAGCGUGCGGAUACGCGUCCUGAAAAUGGAGCUGCGCGACAAAACCGACGAGAUCGAAGUUCUGAAGCUGCGGCUGGAGACGGCUCAGAGGGACGCCGACCGGGAGCCGUUCCCGGGCUCGCUGUCCGCCGAGGCGUCCGCAGCCGCGUUCCGGAAGCAGGACUUCCAGCCGGCCGGCAAGCACGGCGCCUCCGACGCGAAGAAAGCCAAGCCCGCCAUGCCCGGCGUCAAGAAGGAGAACAUCAACGCCAUCUGCGACUACCUGAUGAAGGACAAGAACUCCAGAGGCGGCGGCGCCGACAUGGACGGCGAGCACGGCAGCCCCCCGGCGGCCGGCGGCGACAGGGACGCCGACCCGCACCCCCUCAACCUCUGGCCGGACGGCGGCAUGAGCGGCGCCGGGGCCGGGGACGGGGAGUCCGACCCCGCCGCCGUCGACAUCUUCAGCAUGCUGCCGUCCGGCAGCAAGCGGAUGUACGAGUACGAGUGGAUGACGGGGAUGGAGUACGCGCCGGAGCUUAAAGGCACAAGGGAGCCCAAGUGUGAGAGCACCCUGAUGGAGGAGCCGGAGGAAGAUGGAAAUAACUCCUCGCAGGAGGAAGGUGAUGGUGUGGAACAGAGCCAGGCUCAGGCGGCUCUCUCCCAUGGCCAGCCGCCUGAUUUCUCCAUGGAGCCGCAGGGCUCUCCGGGAGAAGGAGGCAGCCCCAUAGAGGCCAGCGCCGACCGGCUGGAGUCAGGUCAGCAGUUCCCCAGCCACAUGUACAUCUGUCCGCUGUGUGGAACCUUCUGCCCUGACUCCAUUUUUCUAGAGGAGCACCUUAAACUAAUACACACAGACAGUGCUGGUGUGCAGGCUCUGCAGGCCUUGCAGUCCACCUCCUCAGCUGUUCCCACACCGGGAGAGGGCAGCAGUGACUGCAGAAGGAAUGCGGGCAGCCAUAUUGAGAGUAACACGGGUGCUGGUGCCGGCGCGGGCCUGGCUCGAGGAGGGGGGCCCGUUAAAAGGGAGAUCAAAAUUGAGGGGGGAUAUGAAUGUGGCGACUGCGGGCGCCACUUCAACUACCUGGGCAACCUACGGCAGCACCAGCGCAUCCACACGGGAGAGAAGCCCUUCGUCUGCCCAGAGUGUGGCGAGCGGUUCCGCCACGCGGCCCGGUUAAAGAGCCACCGGCUCGGGCACAGUGGAGCCCAGAGCCCCUUCCCCUGCCCGCAGUGUGGGAAGGGCUUCUCUGUGCUCUCUGGCUUGAAAAGGCACCAGCGAGUGCACACGGGGGAAAGCCCGUAUGCUUGCCCACAGUGCGGCCGGCGCUUCAAGGAGCUGGGCAACCUGUACACCCAUCAGAGGAUCCACAGCGGGGCCACCCCUUACUGCUGCCAGCAGUGUGGGCGCAGCUUUCGCCACUUAGGCACGUACAAGAGCCACCGCUGCACCCCAGCACAGUGACGGACCAGGUCGGGUGACCCAACUUUAGCCGCAGGUUACUCUCUUGACACUAACGGGUGUUCACUUUUGAUAUCUGAAAGCCGGGAGGGCUUAACGUUUGAUAUCUGUUGACUCUGAAGUGUGUCAUAAUAGUAUGGUUAUUUGUUGUCACCAAUGGUAGUACUCAUGAAUAGUUGUCAGUUAUGACAAGAGAUGUUGAUGUUUCUCAAGGAUGCUCAACCCACCUUCUCCAGUGACCCCCCCCACGGCAAACCCCGAUGAGAGCUGAGCCUUUGUCCUUGCAUUGUACAACGCCACGUGGGGUAGCUUAUACCACAGGAGGGUUAUCAAGCAGAAAUAGGACACGGAAAUAAGAGGGAGCAUACAGACUCCAGAAGGAGACCGUGUGUCUGCAGAAUCAGUUCAAACAGCUUUACGAGGGAGGUGAAUCCGGGGCCGAGAGACCAGAGGAAGACUCCUUUGAUCGAGGUCAUACAACAUGAGGUGUUCAGAGUUUUUUUUUGGGGGGGGAGGGGGGUGAUGGUGCAGAAAUAUGAGCAACUUUCACAGUACCUGCUUACAAACAUGAUUCAAGGGCAACAUUCUCACCACACAGGGUUAAAGCUAGGUCCCAGAUUAAGACCACUGAGGACGCUAUGCCUUCGAUCAAUAGUAAUGUGUUCCCAAGGCGUUUCAAGUAGGAUUAAUUUGUGAACAUUUCUAAUGCGAUAAAGGUAUUGUGGACCAGUUAGCAGAGCACCGGUACGCUACCAACCUGACGUGGACAACUUGUGUAACUACGCAUGUGGAUUUCCUUUGGUGGGACUGUUGGCUGUCAGGACGUGAUGCCAGGUUUACACAGCAUGCAGGCGUGGCGUGUCCAGCCACGUCGACCUCUGCAACAACCUGAAAUGACUCAACAUCUCGUUUUCACUUAGGCAAUCCAGAGAGAAAACCAUUUUCACUUAGGAAGUGAUAUUUUAUAAGAGAUCGGACAUUUAUAAUCCCUACGAUUACAGGUUAAGUUUGUUUUUUCAUUUACACUGGUGCUCAUACAGAUACUGAACAGCCUAAUGCUACAAGAAGACACACGUGUAGGCUGCUAAAUGAUGGGGUACGAAGCCUGGACCCACAUGGCUCUGAGACGCGGUGCAUAUUUGCUUAUGAAAUGCGUUACUCCAAAGCAUUUUUAUGUAACCUGUGUGCAGCAUGUGGAGAAGAUAGGCUUAGGUAUAUUUUAUACAUCCUACGUUAGGUAUAUUUUACUUCACGCAGUGUUGCGAAUGAUGAGAAUCUAAUUUAUUAACACGGGACGCAAAUGGGAUCAUACCUUUACAUGUACUGUGUAAACCUGGCCUGACACUGCUUGGCGCAAAGUGUGAAGCAGACAUUGUUAUUUUAUUAUUAUUUUAACCAUAGUAAUGUAACCUAUUCCAGACUGUAUAUCAUUUUACAUAUUCUCCUGUAUGAUGUAAAAAUAUUGUAAGGUCACUAAAAUAUCCUGAUGGAAAUUACAGUAUUAACAUCCAAAGUGUCUUAUAUUUUUGGCUUCAUCAAUUUUCCCAGUUUAGUGAAAACUUGACCAAGAAAUGGCCUAAAUCUAGUGGAAAAAUUAAUUUGUAGUACUGUGUGGAUGGCUGAACACAUAAUUAAUUGACAACAUCAACUAGUCCAAAGUGUCCAGUGAACAGUUUUUAACCUGUGGAUGUGAAACUCUAAUCACUGACGGUCUAUGUUCUAAUAAACAGUCAUCUUUCGGUGAUCAACGAGAGUGCUUUUGACCAAAUAAAUAGAGUGAUGUCAUUUGACAUCAAACCAGGUGCUAGCUCCGUUGCUAAGAAAGGCACAUUUCUUGUCAAGAACUACAAAAUGAUCAUGCUUGGUGUGUGCAGAGUCAUUUUAGUAAAGGAAUCCCAAGGUGUUCUCUGGCCAGCUGAUAGAAUUUAUCCUUCCGGUGGUUUUCUGCGUGUUCCCUGAGGCCAUCCCCCAUGCUCAGCAUGCAUUCAAAGGGGAGGAUCCAAGGGGACAUCCUUACCAUAGCCUAAACUACCUCUGCUGGCUUCUUAUCUUCUUAGGAGUAGUGGCUCUGAGAGGAAAUAUCAUUUCUGGAGCAUCUACUCACUCAGUAUCAAUCUGUUAGUCAGUACCCAAAGUUUGUGACCAAAGAGGAGGGUU